CAAGAAACUUAUGUUGAUUCAAGACUAUAUUUUCUGCUUAUAUUGACGGUAAUUUUAAAAAAAAGUAUGAAGUAAAACUUCUGAAUCACUUGAUUUUAUUUUUGACUAUGCUUUGCUCUUGAUAUGGAGACAUCACUUGACUUCAUGUCCAGUCUUCUGGAUGAAAUUGCCUUGGAAGGGCUAGAUGGCAUAACAUUGGCAAUGUUAUGGGAACGACUUCAACAUCGACCUCAUUUUCCGCUUGCUUUGGAUGAUGAUUCUAAGGUAUUCCUUUGGGAAUGUAUUGCUGUGCAUAAAGAAGUUGAAAUUUAUGAGUUGCUCCAACCAAGACAAUUCGUUCCUAUUUAUAAUAGGUAUGAACACAUAGAUGAUGAAUUAGGGAUAGUGCUAGAAGCCCCUGAAAAGUUAAAGGACCCUUACCAUCCUGUUGUUUUUGUUAAAGAUGGAGAUAUCCGGGGCUCUUGUUCAACUUAUGAAACUAGGAAGUGCAUUACAAAUGAUAUUAGGUAUGAUGAUGUGUUACUCUUGGCUUUGAAUCAGGUUGUUGAAAAAUGGGGGGACUCAUUAGUGUUAGUGGCAUCUCCCAAAGCUAGAUUGUUAGCUCUUAUUGGAACAGAAACCAAUCCUCUUAUUGAUUUAUCAGCUGAAGAAUACUGCUUGUUGGAAAGGAUUGGUAGAUCGCGCUUUCUUGGAGAAGUAACACAAGGAGAAGGAGGAUUGCUGUCACUCAAAGCCAACUUUUGCAAGCAACUUCAUUACAAUCGUAAAAAAUUGACUCUGAAAGGGUUAAUAACGAAACAGCUUCAUUAUAUGAAGAACAGGAAAAAUCAAGCAACAACUGGAAGUUUAUUUCACUUAACUAGGUUUUACGUUCAGAGAAAAACAAAAAUGGAAUUCUUAAUGAAAUGUAUGUGUGAUGUUUUGAAGGAGAAACCAGGACAAAGAGAAAUUAGUAAACUAUUAAGGCAAGAACUUGGUGUUAAAGAAACUUCUUUCAAGAAACUGUUUUACCGUCCUUUUAGUAAAUGGGUUAAAAUAGUUACUAUGACUCAUAAAGAGUAUUAUCCAAAUGCAAGUCCAAAGGAAUGUUAUACCACCAAUGGUCAGGAUAAAAUUGUCAGAGUAGUGCAAAUGAUAAAACAUUGUUCUGAAGCAGAUGAGAAUGAUGAUAAUGUGGAGGAAGAAGAUGAAACUGAACAGAAAAAACUUUCAUCUUUUGCACCAAACAUUUACUUUGAUCAUUCUAAAGUGUACAUUGAUGUUCCUUUCAUAACUCAAGUGUACAAUAUUAUCAAGGAAGCGGGACCAAAAGGCACUAGUGCUCUCGAUAUAGGACGGAUCAUCACCCUCCCCAGAUUAGAUGUAAGAGCUAUGCUACGUAAUUUAACCAGAAGAGGCUAUAUUGUAUCUGUGCUACAAGAUAGAGGUAGACAGAAAGUAACUAGAUAUAUCUCCAAAAUUUAUGGAGAGCAAAACAUUGCUUAUGCGAGGGUAAAAGAGCAAGCAGAAAAAGAAAAAGAUGUACCUGAAGAGAUAGAGCCAAUUGUAAGUGAUGCAGAGCAAAAAACAGAAGAUAAGAUUCCGUCAUCUGUUAAUAAUUGUACCCCUAAUGGUAUUUUGAAUAAACGUAAGUUUGAUGCAAUUGCUGAUGAUAAAAUUACUUUGCCAAGAAGCAAAAGAGUCAGAUUUAAUGAUACAGUGGAAAAAAUAAUUUUUGAAAGGUAUGACAAAGAGAAAAAUGAUAAAUUAAGUUCUAAAACAGAAUAA